GGCCGGCCGUCAGUAGCGCGCCGCCGGUCGGCUCGAGCGAACGUGUCGCGUCGUUUCUUGUCGCCGUAUCGGGCCCAUGUGUGAAAUUUCGGCAUGUUGAUGUCGUGAAUGGACAAGAUGGACUUUCAGAGUGCAAUGGAGACGUUCGCUGAGGCAUGGGCUGCGGCCAACACGGCCAAGUCGGAAGCACCCAGCGAUCUGUCACAGAGCCUAUCAUCCGAGCUGAGACGUAGCAAGACUCCUCCGAGGCGCUCACCAGAAGAGCGCGCGGUGCCUCGCCCCCCCUCCGCGCCCGCGCACCAUGACCGACCGCCGCACCCGCACCCGCCUCACACCCCUCACACCCCUCACCUGUCACCCAAGAAGGAAGCCUUCAACAACUUGCUCAAUAAAAGCAUAUCAGGUAAAACCCUGCCAGUGCACUGCGUGGUGGAAGCUGUUGCAUCUAUCGAGGAAGGUGCUUGGAGGAGACGCGCAGUCGUGGAGACGGAUAGCUACGUCAUCAUCCCUGCAGCGACGGCUUUCCACGAGCUGGUGCCGGCUGCUAUGAUGAGGUUGGGCUACCCUCAUGAACUGGCUGCUUCAGCUAAAGGAUCAGUGGUUAUAAACAACUGGAAGCCUUUACCCUUCGAGCGCAUAUCCGACGGUCCGUUAGCAACAGUGGGAGAAGUCCUGGGAGAGCUGACGACCGUUGCGACGCUAAGGAUCCAGCUGCUUCGACCCAGACUAACUCCUCUACAAGAUAUCAAAGACAAGCUGUUAAGGCUAUUGCUGGUCCAGAGCAGGCCGUUGCUGAUGUCUACCGGAUGCCCUUUGGAUGAGGUAAUUAAUGUGACGCUGGCACAGAUUUGUCGGGGACAUGAUCGCACUCCAGGUCCUCAUAACUUCCAUGAGCCAACAGAGGAAACCCGUCGCAAGUUCGAAUCUUGGUGGAGUGCUCAAGUUUCUCCACGGCCGCCUCCCCCUUUCAGUCCUCGACGUUACCCGUCGCCUAGUCCAAAAAAUCGGUCACCGACACUGAAUCCUAUCCCGGACCAUUUGCAUCCAGCUCUUCAAACUGUUCAAACACAAUAUCCCACUCAGAAGACAAGGAUGAGAACUAGCUUUGAUCCUGAGUUAGAACUACCAAAGUUACAACGUUGGUUUUCUGAAAAUCAACACCCGAGUAGACAGCAAAUUCAACAAUAUGUCCGAGAAUUGAAUAAUUUGGAGUCAAGGCGAGGACGAAAACCUCUGGAUGUCAACAAUGUUGUUUACUGGUUUAAAAAUGCAAGAGCUGCUCAAAAACGAGCAGAACUGCGCAGUAUUGGUGGCUUAGGAGCUCACCUUGGUGUAAAUGGGUUUAAUAGUAGAAGUCAUAGUCCAACUAAUGGAUCACUUUUGGCUGGUAAUGAUAACUAUAACUCCCAUGAUCAUAACUCCAUGAAAAGUCCUUUGCUGUCAGGAAGUCCUGGCCGAUACCCAAUGUCAGUAAUGUCCGAAGAUAACUUGUCAAAUGCUGGCUCCGAUCUAGAAGACGACGGAGGAGAUAUAAAUCCGGAUGAUAGACCUGAAAGUCCAGAUGCACCACUUUCUUUAAUAACCACUAGAAAAAAUAAUAACGAUCAGGAAAGAGAUGAAAAUGUAAAAGAAUCUCCAAAACCACCAGACAUUAUUAAGGUUCAUGACAUCAAACAAGAACCCAGAGAUUUGAGCAAACCAGAACAAAUGACUUCGCCUCAUCGAUCUCCAACUAAGAACAGUGACAGUUCACAUAAUAACAAUAAUAACAACACUGAAGAAGAAAAUGGUGGUGGAGAGGAUCAUGAUAUCCCAUCUGAUGACGAAAUGAUACACGAACGUCAUUAUAGACCUUCGUCUCCGCACCUUGACCGACUACCUUUUCCCAUGGUGCCUAAUCACCCGAUGUUCGGUCAUGGGAUAAUGUACAUGAGUCAAUAUAUGAGUGGAUUUCCUGGAGUAGGUCCCGUCCCUGGGGAAGGGGCUAGUGGGCUGAAUUUAGCUCUCGCUGGAGCGUCUGACGAGCGUCGUAAACGAAACCGCACUUUCAUAGAUCCAGUCUCUGAAGUACCAGUCUUGGAGCAGUGGUUUUCAAUGAACACUCACCCAUCGCACAAUCUUAUACUCAAAUAUACGGAAGAAUUAAACAGGAUGCCGUACCGACAGAAGUUUCCGCGGCUCGAGUCAAAAAACGUGCAGUUUUGGUUCAAAAACCGUCGAGCGAAAUGCAAGAGGUUAAAGAUGUCUUUGUAUGAACCAACCUCCCCUGGCCAUUACUCGCAUCCCGGACAUCCGCAUGCCAUAGAAAGGAAAAUGGUUUAAAUACAACAUUACACUCGGCUUCUUUUUAAAUUAAUGAUGGGAGAUGAAAACCUGAAAAAUUGUCUUCGUGAAGUCAGAAAAUUUUAAUACGAAAGACUGAAUAUGAAUCGUUAAUGGUAUACAGUGCCAUGUUAGUGUUAAAAAUGGCGGCAAAGUGGCGUCGAUUAGGGAUGUACUCAAAAAUCGGUAUAAUGUAAAUUCGUAUAAUACAGUAUAAAUAAGUUUUGAACUAAAGAUAUUUUAAAGCAGUAUAGAGUUAAGUAAGUUCCCAUUACAUCGUAUGCUUCGAAUAGACACUGUCACUAUAUAGUAUAGUAGACGAAUCUCAAAAUUUAAAACUUCUGUUUUGUACAUUAUUAGUAAAGGUUUUAUUUAUUAAUAUAGUUUUAGUGUAUUACUGUAAAUGUUAGCGAAAUAUAUUAUUGUAAAUGGUCACGAACCAAAGUCUCCAUUUAUUUAAAAUUUAUACUAAGACCUGUAUAAAAUAUCCUGACCCUGUAAAGUAGAUUUUUAGUAAUUCAAUCGCUUAUAUAAUGUAAAUCAGGUUUAAAUAAUGAGUCAUACAUAAAAGAUUAUAGAGUAAAAUUAUUAUAUUGCACAUAAUAAAUAUUAUGAUAUUGGAUUAAAAAUUACUCUUCCUAAUUACUAUUAGAUGGCCUAAAUACUUUGGCUUAUCUAUGUAUCUAGAUGUUGUAUGAAAUAAGUGAUACUAUUUAGUAUAAAUAUUACGCACAUUCCUUCACAUUUGCUAGGUAGGUAUUACUCAAUCCAAAGAUUGAUCAUAAAAUAGGGUAUUACAAAAAUAAUUACGUUUAAUAUCUGAUUCUUCUAAGCAAUUUAAUGUAAGUGUUUAAAAAUAUAUUUGCGCAAAGAAGGUAUGACUACAUUAACUUAAUUUCCAAAUCAACGUAAUAUUAAAUACGUAUUUUUGAUGUGUAUCUACCACACGAAUAUUGACGUAUGACGUCUAAACACUUAUGUACUCGUAAAUUGCUUGAAGAAAUCGGAAUUUGUAUAAAGUACGCUGUUACAGUAUUUACGCAUUUAUACAUUGAGGCUGUUUUUUUCAUACGGUUUCUUAUACUCGAUUGUUUUAUAGUUUUUAGACACAUCACUAGUGGUAACCGCUGUCAAAUUGUUUUGUUGUUUCAAAUGUUAUGCUUGUUUUGUGAAGCUGUGAUGAUAUUUCCAAAUAUUGUAAAUAUUUUAUUAAUGUUAAAAUAAGGUUUUUAUCAAAACUACGUCACUGCUCACAAGUGAUUUUUAAGCAUUUACUGCUUAGAUAUUGAGAAUAAUUGGCUAAAUGUUUAUUCCAUUCAAUUAUAUAAACGAAAAUUUAAUGAAUAUAGUACGAUAUUGAA